GGUACGGUCAGUGCUGGUCUCAUUGUUAGUUAAGUUGUGCGUGGAUCGCUCGUGCUAACGAAUUUAAUUUCCGUAUAAAUACAUUCAAUUAAGGAGAUAAUAGUGCUUUGGAAUUUCACUCAGAACCUCAUCCUUGAAAGUGAUUUACCCAGUGUUUAUAACGUUAAUUAAAUGAAAUAAAUAAAAAUGGACUUAAGAGCGAACCCUGCGGACGUCAAUGACCAAAUUUUAUAUAGGGGACUGAGCUAUACAUUCUUAGGAGUACAUAGACAAGGAGUGUAACUAAAUGGAAGUUUCCUCGAGUUACUACGCCUCCUCCUCUUCGUCUGAGUUCCCGGAUGACGACCCAGAGGCGGAGUCCCCCGUCAAAAGCCUGGAGGAAAAGCUUCUGGUGGCUGUAAGAGUGCGUCCACAUAGAGACGGGGAGGGAGACAGAAGUUUGCAUUGUGUCGAUGAAAAGACUAUCCUGGUGGAGGAGGACAAGAACGAUGUACUGAGACAGAAGCGUAGCAGUGAGAGGAAGUAUGUCUUUGACAUGGCUUUCGGGGAGGAUUCCACCCAGGAGCAGGUGUAUGUGGCGACUACGAGGGGUCUGGUGCGGGAUGUGUUGCGAGGCUACAACGCUACUGUGUUCGCCUACGGGGCAACUGGGGCCGGCAAGACUCACACCAUGGUCGGCAGUAGCCAGGAGCCUGGUAUCAUGGUGCGAGCCCUCAACGAUCUUUUCCACACAAUCGAUAAGCAAGGCCACGACUAUUCGGUGUCACUCUCUUACUUGGAGAUUUACAACGAGAACAUUCGCGACCUUCUAAAUCCAUCUUCUGGAGCUCUAGAGCUCAGAGAUGACUCUCGAGGGAGGAACAUCGUGGUGGCGGGGCUGACCGAGAUCACAGCCAACUCUACACAGGAGGUGAUGGCUCUACUGCAGAGAGGGAACAAAUCGCGCACAGUGGAGCCCACGGCAGCCAAUCAGACGUCCUCCAGGAGUCACGCACUGCUGUCGGUUACCGUCCGAAAGAGUUCUCAAGCCCGCGACAAGUAUCGGACAAGAAUGCGCCAAGGAAGACUCUACAUGUUGGAUCUGGCUGGGUCCGAAAGAGCAUCACAAACUAAAAACCGAGGUAAGCGACUACUAGAAGGUGCCCACAUCAAUCGGUCUCUCCUGGCCUUGGGGAAUGUCAUCAACUCCUUGAGUGGCAGCGGGGGUGGCAGAUAUGUCAACUACAGAGACAGCAAACUUACCAGAUUGCUGCGAGAGGCUCUGAGUGGAAACUGCCGUACAGUGAUGGUGGCCCACGUCAGCCCUGCUGCUGUCCACAGAGAGGAGACCCGCAAUACGCUGACGUACGCUGCACGGGCUUGCGGUAUCAGCCACAGCAAGGUGGAGCGGAAUGUUCUGGAUGUCUCAUUCCACGUGUCACAGUACCGUAACAUCAUCCAGGACCUGCGAGGGGAGAUCACCCGUCUCAAGGAUAAACUGGGGGAGGACCGACCCGUGUCUGGAGCAAUCAACAGGAACACUGCAGCCAGUCAGGCUAAACAGCUGAGAGAGAUGAUCGUGGCCACCUUCCGGGAUCAGAUGAAACUACGGAGGAGACUGAUGGAUAUAGACGGACAUCUCCUAUCUUUGGGUGUAGAGGCUGAGAGACAACACCAAAUUAUCAGCCAAUGGGAGUCAAGAAGCAACAAAUUAUAUCAUCGGAAGUCCAGACCUGGUACAGACCAGUCGGAGACAAACGGGAACAUCCAAGAUCCAUGGAACGAGGUGAACAUGCACCAAGCCUGGUCAGAACUGAGCUACAUAGAGAGAGAACAGGAGAGGUAUAUGGCACUCAGGUCAGCCACCCUCAGGGAGUUAGAGCAGUGUCGCCAACGAGCAGUACAGCUGGAGAAUGACUUGCCCUCCAGGUUGGACUCGGACACUGAACGUGAGUUACUCUCUCUGCUGUGUCGAGUUCAUGAGUUAGAGGCAGACAAAAUGGCUCUACAAGGAGAGCGACUCGUCGAAACUCAUGAGCUACGGAGACGAGGAGAGCUGAUACAAAAAUAUAACCGGCAACAAAAGAUUACUGAUGAUAUAAUAACAAGGCAACGGCAAAUAAUGGAAGAGGUAAAGGUGGUUCUCCCAAAUGAUCUCCAGGACUUGUAUAAUCUCUACCAGCAAGAAAUCCAUGCGACUACGAUAAACCCUGGGUUUGAUAGUCUUCCCCCCAUUAACAGAGAAAGCCUAUUUGACAGAUCUAGAACAGGUACAGCAGCUGAGAAUGAUUUGUCUCUUCAAACACCUACCAGUAACUCAACAUCAGGGGGUGAAUGGGAGCCCCUCCCUCCACUACAGGCCAGAGACCCUGCUCCACCCCCCAGACCUCUAGAGACCCCAUCUCUCCCUCCUCUAAGACCCUGACGAGGGGGUCGGGGCAAGGGGAUCACCUAGACUCCAACACCCAUAGAGAUUCUGAUCUGAGCAUUCUCCAAAUGUUUUAUCAACAGUGGAUAAAAACAACAAAAGGAUGUGUACUUUUUAGAGGUUUUACGAAUAUUCAACAUCUACCUCAUUCUAAUACUGUUUAGCCUACAACAAAUAAUGUCUAUGGAAAUUUCUUUCUGACCAUGUGCAGUAUUGAAUAUCCAAUUUAAAACAGAAGAUCAUAAUGCAUCAACAGACCAAUCUGUAAGUUGCUGCUUAUAUAGUUGGAUUAACCACAAUAAAGAAUUCAAAUAAAUUUAAGAUAACACUACUUAUUUAUAUGCUAUUAUAAUUGGCAUGUUUAAAAUAAAGAAAGAAAGGGAUUCUACUUAAACAAUUAAAUUUACAGUCUAUUACUCAGAUUUGCUACAAGUUCCAUGCUCUGUGUCACCACUGAAAUAAUCACAACUAUUUCAGGUUGUUGUCUUGAAAUGGUCCUAAAAGAAAAACAUAUUUAAAGUGUCAGUGAAAGUAAGUAUGUGCUGCCAACUCGGUGUGUACAGUAAGAUAAUUCUCAAUAUUUCAGACAAUGUCUAGCCACCAUAUUAAAGUCUUUAAAUUUCUUGUAUACUAGGUAUUGAAGACAGCAUGUGUAAUAUGAAGCUUUACAUAUACAAAUAUGACAGUGUCCAAAUAUGGCAUAUCCAAAUACAACAAUACAGUAAUUUAAUCAAAAUAAAUCUUCCUAAGCUUUACAUCUUAUAAGAUUAGUGUACUGUCAAUUUUAAUAUAAUAAAUCAAAUGAAGUUC